AACCAUGGGACCGACACUUGGCUAUCGCUGAUGUUGGUGUGCUUCCAUUUAAACAUCGAAAAUUUCAUUACUGAAUUCUAAAAAUUUCUCAACUAUGGCUGUUGAUUUUCUCUGUCAAAAGUUUGGAAAAGCUUUCUAGGGUGCGAUGGAAAAUUACAAGAAACUUCACAGAAAACCUGUUGACGAGCUUCCAAAAGGACCACAUGAUAUUUUUAUAAGUAGUGGAAGCAAAUUAAAAACUGUGAUCAGCAGAUCUGUUGAACUUUUAGAGGAAGUUGAUGGGAAAGUUGUGCUCAUUGGAUGUGGUCCUACUGUCAAUAAAACAAUAACAUGUGCUGAAAUAAUCAAGAGGCAGUAUCAGACUCUUCAUCAGAACAACAAACUCUUCUACAAAAGGAUGGAGGACGUAUGGGAGCCAAAUGAAUCAAUAGGCUUGGAUAAAUUGACUGUAACAAGGAAUGUUCCAUCAAUGAAAAUAACAUUGUCAAAGGCUCCACUUGAAUCAAGUGAUCCUGGCUAUCAAGCUCCUUUAAACAGACCAAAGCAGUUUCCCUGCCCUCAAGAGAAGAAAACUUGCCAUAGUCAUUCAAAAAAUAAACAAAGUUACGAUGAGCUAAGCAAGAAGCCUAACACAAAAACUCCUAGUAGUAGCUUUCAAAGAAAGGAGAAAUUUCCGAAAUCUAAACGUUUUAAAUCAAUGUAAAAUUGUUGUAAAUCUUUGAUAUAUCUCAAAUCUUAAUACAUAUAUUACGAAAAUGCAUAUUUUUCAUUUAUGAAUUUAAUGUUUAGAAAUUAUAUUUGAGAUAUGUAGUGCGUAAAACUCGACUUCUUGCCAGUUACAAUUAUAGUUUGAAUUUAUACUGUGA